AUGGCAUCGUCCGCGUGCUGCCGCUCCAUCGCGCCGACUCGCGCGGUCGCGAUUCGGGGCCGAGACGCGCGCGGCUCGCGGCGGCGAGACGCACUCUCCGCGCCUCAUCGGAAGUUAUCACCAUCCCGGAGAGGAGAUGCGCGCCGAUCGGUGAUCGCGUCGUCCGGAUCCCGGCCGGUCGUCGCCGCCUCCGCGCCCACGCACACCGGCGCGCACAUCGUCUGGAUCCGCGUCGGCGACCUCCGCGUCCACGACCACCCGGGCCUCCACGCCGCCUCCCUCCUCCCGCCGUCGGUCCCGAUCGUCCCGUUGUUCGUCUUCGACCCCGAGGAGGCUGCGAACACCACCCCGGCGUUCCAGAGGCUGGUCCACGAGGCCGUCCGCGAACUCCGCGUCGCCCUGAGGGACCGCGGCGCGGACCUCGUCGUCAGGGUCGGAUCACCCGCGACGCACGUCGAGCGCAUCGCGAAAGAGACCGGGGCGUCCUCGCUGUCGUGCAGGCGAGAGCUCGAGUGGUCCAGGAUGUCGACGCAUCGAGCGGCGCUGGCCGCGGCGCGCGGCGCGGGCGUCGAAUCGAUCCACGAGUGGUCCGCGCCCCUGCGCGAGUGCGCGGACGCCGUGAGGGCGACGGAGGAGGCCUACCUGACCACGGAGGCGAGGAACGAGAGGGGCGCGAGAGUCGCGCCGUGGGCCACCGAGAAUGAGUACAUCGCGGCUCGGGGCGCCGUCGCUCCGCCGCUGCCCCCGCCGCAAAGGCUGGCGGGGUACAAGACCCGCGGGAGCGAGUUGGAGGACCCGUUCGUCGGGGCGAUGCCCGAGCUGGACUCCACGCGCGCGUGGGCGAGGUUGCCGGACAGGGAAGAGGACGAGAGGUACGACGAGGCCGUCGCCGCCGCGCGCGCCGCGCUCGACGAUCCGGAGCUCGCGAAACGAAGGAAAGGACGGGCGCGAACCGACAACGCCUUCGUGAUGUUCAGCGAGGAGCGCAUGCUGGCGCUCGCCGCGGAGGAGGCGGAGGUGUCCAUCCCGCCCGUGCCCUUCCGAAUGCCCGGGGGCGAGGCGGAGACGCUGGCGAACUUCGCGGGUUUUCUCGACUUUUACACCGCCACCUCCAACAAGGAGUUUCGGAAGAUGUACGAGCGAGUGCUGGAGAACAAGCUCAGCGCCUUCUUCAGGCUGUUCGGCGGGUCCCUGGCGCUCGGAACCUUGAGCCCGCGGACGGUGUACGACGUCGCCAUGCGGUGGGAGGCGGAUUCGAAGAGGUCCACGGACCUGUGCGCAAACGCGCGUAACAUCGCGGCGGCGCGGGAUUACCAGGAGGCGUUGGCGGCGGCGGCGGUGACGGCGGGGGUGGAGGGGCCGGGUUUGCCCCUCGUCGGGGCCUACAACGUCACCCAGGGAUCGCUCUGA